CACAGUAUUUAUUUGUUUGCAGACUCAAGAGAUGUGAUGUAAAAGUUACCGCAAAGCUGAACUUUGAACAGAAUGUCAUUUUCUGUGGUCAGUGCCGAAACAGCCAUUGGAAUUUUAAAUGGAAGAUGCAGAGAAGGGGCGGACUGUUCGGUCAGUGUCUGUGGGAAGGUGACAUGUGUGAGUGAAGUGGUUAGGAUUAAAGAUAACCAUAUUUUCAUGGUCAAGUUUAUUCCAGAUGUUGAUGUUAUUAUUAAGAGAAAAGAAUUUCUGCAUUGGCAGCUUGAACUGACACCUUACAAGGAGUAUAUACUAACAGACCUGAGACCCACUACCCUUCAGAAGGGCAGUAGUACACGACAGAGAGUGUUUACAGUGACAAGUAGUAGUAAGCUGCUUCUGCCAGAUGAUGUUGACAUGAGAUUUAUGACAGAAUCUGAAAUGUUGAAACAGUAUGGCUUACAAGGUGCUGUAGAACAAGUAUCCAGUGUUCACAAACAGGACCCAGUAACUGAUAGUUUAUUCUCCUACCAGGGAAAGGUGACAGCAGUUUUGGAUCAGGGGCUGGGUGUGUUUGAACUUGAUGGCACUGUAAGGUUGUUUGUUGGUCCUGUGCCUGCUGUACACAAGUUCUCCAUGCUGAAGGUGGGGAUGACAGUUCUUGUACAAAAUGCACACUACACCACUUCUAAACAGUAUCCCAGAGUUAGUGUGUAUUGCUGUAUGCUGACCAAAGUACAGUGUAUAGAUGAAAUUGUUCAGCAGGUUAGUCCAGUAAAGUUAAGCCAGGUUUUACAGAAGUUGUUGUAUUUAACUGGCCAAUCACAGAAUCAGCUAGACCACAUGUUUGCACUGAGACAGGUUCUCAGGAGGCAGUUCCUGGAUAUCCUUGGUGAAAGGUGUACAGAGAGAAUAUUUUCAGUAGUGAUUGGACAUGCAAACUUUACUGCUGGAAACAGGACAACUUUACAGAGGAUGCUCAUAGAUGAAUUCCUUAAUGUACCACACAGUUGUCCACUUCUCAGGGCUGAUAAGGUGAAAGUAAAGUUUUCAACCAUUAUAGAUAUAAAAGGAAGCAUAUUUGAUGUUUCAAGUGACAGUAUGGAGUGGAAGUUUUCUAGACAAUUAGCUAAUGAUCAGCAGGUUGUUCUUGGUAUCCUAAAUGUGUGUGAGAAAACAGGCCAGACAUUACUUUGUGAUAAUACAUGCAGCAUUGACAUUGUGAUUUGUUGUUACCAUGGUAAUAGAGAUAAAAUGGCUGUCUGCUGUCACACUUGCACAGAGUCUUGUAACUGUGAUAAAAUAGAAAUUGGGGAAAACUUUCCAUGCCCCUAUGUGCAGACAUGCUGCAUAGGCAAAAUAGUGGCUAUUUCUGUAUAUGAGAUGAUAAGUGAAACCAUGGUAACAAGAAAUGUAGAAAAUUUAAAAGGUUUGAAUGGAAGUGAAAGGUCAAGGCCAAGCAGCUGUGAUAAAUAUUUGGUUUUUGACAUGAGAAGUGCAGUUUAUAUUGGGAACAGUGUAAAAGUUGAUCAUUCUUGUAGAAGUCGACAUAAAAACACAGGUAGUGCCCAGAGCUUAAGUUCAGAUGGAGUAGAAACUUUACAUAGUAAUACUGCGAAAACUACUUCAAAUAGUGAAUCUUUGAAAACAGAAAUGGUAAAAUGUAACAUUAGCAGUAACAUCCAAGUUGGAACUGUACAAGAAAGUAAUAAUUGUACAACUGAUAGUGUUGAAUGUAUAUCGAAACACAAACCAUCAACUUUACACAAGCAUGUAAAGCCAGAUGGAAGCAUUGUGUUUUGUAGGAAGGCAGAAUGUUGUAAUAAACAGAAUGUAUUUGGUUCGAGAUGUGAAAUAAAUUCGAAAGUGAAUAACAAUGGCAAAAAGGUAACUUCAACUUCAGAACUUGAAACAUGCAAGGAAAAUUGCUCAGUCAGCUCUAAACAUGAAUGUAGUGGCUCUAAUUUGCUGCCUUAUAAAUUAAGUAAUACAGCUUUUAAAGUAAAACCUGUUUCCACCAGGAAGAGACAAUUUGGUGAAAGUAGUUCAGAUAUUCAGAUUGAUUCAGAUUUGCAUAAAAUACCAAGAAAUGAUUCUUCGUGUCAGCCAGACUUAGAUAAAGUAGGAACCACAGAUGAUGGCACUGGAGAGUUGGAUGUAAUUAUCUACAUUGAAAAUAAAGGUAGUUUAAUGCCUGGAGAUGGACUGAGGAGAUUUGAUAUAGAAUGUACAGUCUUGAAAAGACAAGGAAAUGAAAAGUUGAUUUUAGAGUUCUCAGGUAAAUCUGUGAAAUGGUACCCAGUUUUGUAUGUGGACACAGUCUACACAUUGUCAGUAUGUAUGGAAUAUCAGGCAGUACUUACCGGCAGGCUGGCUAAUAAUAAACUGCAGAAAAUGUUGCUGAAAAAUAAAUCAAGGUGA